UGGUGGGAGGUUCCCAAUCUAAAAGUAGUUCCACGCACCAGCACACAAGAGACACACCGAGAAAGAAAUAAAACUACGUGCACCAGCGGCUCAAGGUGGUGCUGCCCAAAUAAUCAGCCUUUGCCAAUUUCUCAAAAUACGAUAUUGCGAUCGACAGUUGUGAGUGUUGCGUGUUUCAAGCAAAAACCUACCAUAGCUGAAUGCUGCUUGCAAUGGACAAGAGGUCGAUUAGAUGGAUCUUCUGCCUGGUUCUCUGCUCAAUGGUCAUGGGAUUGGAGGAGGAAACCGACAGAGGACUACUCAACAUCACUAGCAAUCCGUCGGAUACCGAAAGGGUUCCAAAACUGCCCAGCGAGGUGCAAAAAGCUGUGUGCACUGUGACUGCGGGGGAGGUGAAAGCAUCUGCCGAGGCUGUCACCACAAAAACCCUGAAAGGAGUCUGUGGAUCAGAUGAAAUGAACAUGGCAUUUAGGAGCCUGGAGAACAAACUUUACGAGGAGCUGCGUGUCAUGAAACUGAUUUUGGUGCAUUUGGCCAAGGCAAACGGACUGAAAGUUAACACCGCAAUGCCAACACCUGUGCCCACUCCACUUCCACCCAUCAAACCAUUGAAUCCCUCUGCUCUGCCCCACUUCAAGGCGGUAGAUCCUCCUAAGCGUUUAACCAAUUCAACUAAUUUUAAAACUGAGGAAAACGAGGUGGACCCCGACUUUGGUGCUAAAAAGUCGCCCACUCUAAAGAAUUUAGAGACGAAUGGGAACUCGGAUCAGGGAGCUCGAGAAGAUGAAGUCGACAAGUUCAAUAACACCGUGCUGGCCAAUCAGGAUGUAAAGCUGUUCACCUACUACUGGAAACUGGAGAACGUUACGGAGCUUAUCAAAGCCCCCAAAUUGGCCACCGUCAGUAGCCCAAUAUUUAGCUUUAAAGGAAAAUCACUGCAACUCAAGUGCACCUUCCAUCACAUGAAUCGGGAGCUGCUGAACUUGCAGCUGGGUUACGGCAUCUUUAACCCGCAGUCAAAACCUGGCCAAAGCAAUAACAUAUUGCUGGAAAUGGACGGAAUCUUUCAAAAUGCCAAGUGGAACGAGGAUGUGGCGCUGAAGCAUAAGAUCUCCAUACUGGACCAGAACCACCUGCACCGAAGGACACAGGACCUCAGCUCUCAGGCGCUCAACAAACUGGACAUGGGCUUCUCCAUCCCGAACAGCGUACUACUGGGCAGCACGUUCAUCAAGCAAAACGCUCUGCUGAUACAGAUUCUUUUAUAUUUGUGA